AAACAUCCAAAUGUUUUGUUUAUUCUGAAAUGUCAUAACUGUGGCAUUUUCUGAAAUUUACCAUUUUCUAUGCAUUUUUUGAUUAAAAAUGGUUAGCGGUAAAGAAUUCCGUUCAACGAUUAGACAACCGUUACCGGGGGCCCCUAAGAGUAAAGAAUGUCGAAUAGUGCCUGCUUUCACAAUUCAGGCACUGCAAAAAAACACAUGUAUCCUUCCUCCUCCCAAAUGCAACGUUUUGAAACCGAGACCACCGAAAUCGACGCAGUUUAGGGUGCACUAUAAACGAGGGGAACUACCCAUUGCAUUGGACGCAAACAGAAGGCUUUCCUGGAAGGUUGAUAUACAUAAGUUGGAUUACCACCAUUAUUUGCCAAUGUUUUUUGACGGUCUUUGCGAGACUGAAGCACCUUAUAAAGCCAUAAUGUGCACAGUCCUUAAAGUAAUGCAAGCUCUGGUCAAAUGUGACGAUAUGGUUGGUGAAGCCUUGGUGCCCUAUUAUAGGCAGCUCCUUCCUGUCCUUAAUUUAUAUAAGGAGAGAAACGUUAAUUGCGGCGAUGCAAUUGAUUAUAGUCAAAUGAGAGGCGAAAACUUAUGCGAUUUGGUAAAUGAGACAUUAGAAAUCUUAGAAAAAUAUGGUGGAGAAGAUGCAUUCAUAAAUAUUAAAUAUUUAAUUCCAACUUAUGAAUCCUGUAUGAUGAACUGAAUUUAAAAUGAUAAAAAAAUGUUAAAUAUAUACAAAGCAUUUAUGCAACAACCUCAAUAAAUACUAUAUAUAAAUGUUA